AUGUCUAAAGUGAAAACCAAUUUGGACUUGAUCCAAUGGCUUGGGCAUGACAUGUCAAUUAAAGUUUUCUCCUAUUUGGACAAUUCUCGUGAUCUUGUUCGUGCAUCUGCUGUGUCUAGUUCUUGGAAUGAUUUUGUUAUUGAAAAUGGCCUCUGUAAGCAACUUUGCUUGAAAAAGAUUCCUGAAAUAUAUGGUGUUGUUCGUACCAUUGAGGUUGACAACUUGUUUGAAGUUGUUGGCAGCAAGCUGUGGUAUUAUACAGAAAAGCGAGAGCGUCUUAAUAGAAAUCAUAGAGUCUAUGCGCUACUAGCUUUUGGUCUCGUUCCUAUGAACAACUGCAUCUCACAAGCCAUAUGUGCAUCCAGCACGGAUGAUUGCGUAAGAGAAAGCCUUACAAGUACAUUGGAGCCUAGGGAUAUCACUGAACAUGGCCCAUCAUAUUGGUCAAGUAUAGGGCAAAGUGAUCCUUCUGUUACCGAGACUUUGCUUUAUCGGCUAUAUUCCAAGAUAUGUCUUGUCACAGAGAUUCGGGUCCAACCAUUCCAAGAUUAUUUUAAUGAUGGCUUCCCUAUAUAUUCAGCUAAAGCUAUCCGAUUUAGAUUGGGCGGCGCAAGCGAGCCCAUGGAAAUAGAUUCAAAGUUUGUUUUACGUGAUAAAAUGGCUUUUAGUAGACAUGACAUAUGGGCAUAUACUUCGCCUGUAUUUCCAAUGUCUCAGGUUAGUUGGGGUGGUGGUUGA